GUGCGGGUGAUCCUCCAGGGGAGCCCCGAGUACCAGGUGGUGGACGACCCUACUACCGGAGGGGCGAGCAACGAGAGGGCGUCCUGCCUGGCGCCGCAGGACAAGGCGGUGCACACGAUCAAGGUCCGGACGAUGGCGCUCGGGGACGUCAACCUCACGGUGUCGGCGGCCGUGGACUCGUCGCUGGCGGGAGGGUGCGGCGGGGCGGCGGCGGCGGCUGUUUCGAGGAGGGACACCUUGAUCAAGCCCAUCAAGGUGGAGGCAGAGGGAUUUCCCCGCGAGGAGACGUGGACCAAGUACCUCUGCGCUGAAGAGGUGGCAUCAGGCGAGGACGCUCCGGAGACGUGGGAAGUAGUGCCACCUGCCAACAUAGUGCCAGACUCCGCCCGCGGUUGGGUCACUGCCGUCGGGGACCUGUUGGCACUCUCGAUCGAGAACCUGGGCUCCCUUAUCCGCCAUCCAUCCGGCUGCGGAGAACAGAACAUGGUCAAUUUCGCUCCCAACAUCUACAUUAUGCAGUACUUGACGGCGACGAACCAAGCCACGCCGGAGAACACCCAGAAGCUGCUGAGAUUCAUGAGGACAGGAUACCAACGCGAGCUGCUGUACCGACGCAACGACAGCUCCUACAGCGCCUUCGGGAAUGCCGAUGACUCCGGCUCCACGUGGCUCACGGCCUUCGUCCUCAAGUCCUUCGCGCAGGCCCGGAGGUUCAUCUCGGUGGACACGGAGAGCCUCGACCGGACGCGCCACUGGCUGAGCCUCUCCACCCGAGACCCGAGGGGCUGCAUCGACCCCCGAGGGAAGAUCUUCAGCAAAGGGCUUACGGGCGGUCUCGCGGGCCGCAGCUCCACCGUCCCGCUGACCGCCUACGUGCUCACCGCCCUCCUCGAGGCCGGCGUCCCCAUCAACACGCCCAUCGUGAUGGACGCCGGCCGCUGCGUCCUGGCCGACUCCUCCAACGACAUCUACACGCUGGCCCUGAAGGCCUACGCCCUCGCCCUGGCCAAGGACCCCAACGCCCAGCGCGUGAUCCAGGACCUGCUGAGCCUGGCCGUCGUCGAGAACAACGCGCUGUACUGGAAGCUGCCCCAGGGCAGCAGCAACGCCCUGGAGGUGGAAACGGCGGGCUAUGCCAUCCUGGCCCUGAUGGCGCAGGACCCGCUGGCCAACACCCUCCAGGCCAGGAAGAUCGUCAAGUGGAUCACCUCGAAGAGGAACGGCCAAGGAGGCUUCUACUCCACGCAGGAUACAGUAGUGGCUCUGCAGGCCAUGGCCAGCUACGAGACCCACACGUUCCAGGGCCCAUUGAACGUCGUGGCCACAGUCACGGCCACGGACCUGUCGCAUUCCUUCACGCUGACCGAACAGAACAAGCUCCUGCAGCAGCUGGUGACGCUCCCGAGCUUGCCUACUAGCGUGAGCGUGAACAUGGACGGCCAGGGAUGCGCCGUGAUGCAGGCGGUUCUCCGCUACAACGUGCCCGAGGCCGAGCCGAGCGAUGCCUUCAGCCUGCGCGUGCGUCCCAUCAACGACCCGCGCGGCGGCUGCGUCGAAAAGCGCCUCGAAGCCUGUGCUGCCUACCUCCUCCCCGACGGCAAGUCUAACAUGGCCGUCAUCGAGGUCAACCUCGUGUCCGGCUUCAUCCCCGAGAAGGACGACCUAAAGGCGGCCGUGAGUCGAAACCCCGAGGUCGUCAAGCGCUACGAGGUGGACGGGAGCAAAGUCACCUUCUAAGAGGAGUUCACGGCCCAGGAAGUGUGCGUGAGUUUCCGCGUCGUCCGAGAGGUGGAAAUCGAGGACGUCAAGCCGGGAUCUGUGGUCGUCUACGACUACUACCAGCCCGAGUUCUCCAUCAGCAAGAGUUAUAGCUUCCCUUUCUUAGACGGAUGCAAAAGGUAAAUGAAACAUGAAAAAAAAACAAGAAAAACAGAUGCCUUACCCAAUUCCUCCGUACACCGAAUCCUGAUAUAGAUUGUCAGGUGACUUAUAGACUGCUUCGUAAAAUGGGAACGUGACAGCUGAGCUACAACCAGGGUUUUUUAUUAUCAUUAUCAUUUCGUCUGUCGUAAAAUAUUGUUACGAAUAAAGCUUUAUGUCACAAA